UAAGAAAAAUAGCCUUGCAUUUUAGCUGUAGUAAAUAGGGAGGCAGAAAUGUAAUAAGAGUAGGUAGAUUUUUCUGUACUCUCCUUCAGACAGGCAUUACAAAAAUUAAUAGUGUGCAUGUCUCUUUAAAAAAGAUUUUCAAGGUCCUUUAAAGCUAUGGUACUUUCUCUUCAUGCAGUCAGUGUCACGGUUGCCACUAUACGUAGAUGUGGAGAGCCGCAGAUGCAAUUCAUCAGCUAAAACAAGACUUCAGCACAAGGAAAAAAAAAACUUCAUUAUAAGUAAAACUCAAACUAUAAAACUUACUUUCCCUCGGUACUGUCUUCUUGGAAUACAAUUUAACAAGAAACAGACAGCAGCACCCCCUGCUGGCAUCAACUCACUGAGAAAGGAAGAAGCACCAUUACUAACUCCAAAAUGAUGCCAUCUAUCAGUGACUACACAAACAGUGAUACAAUUGUACUUCAUUACAACUACACUGGAAAACUCCGAACACAUGAACAUGGACUAAAAGUAACCACAUUAUUGUUUAUUAUAGUCUGUUUUUUUAUUGUCUGUGAAAACAUUUUUGUUCUCUUGACCAUAUGGAGAACCAAAAAGUUUCAUCGGCCAAUGUAUUAUUUCAUUGGUAACCUAGCACUGUCGGACCUACUGGCUGGUGUCGUCUACACUGCCAAUUUACUCUUAUCUGGAGAAAAGACCUACACUUUAACCCCAGUGGAAUGGUUUCUAAGGGAAGGAAGCAUGUUUAUUGCUUUGUCAGCAUCGGUUUUCAGUUUACUAGCAAUUGCAAUUGAAAGGCAUGUCACUAUGCUGAAAAUGAAACUUAAUAAAAACGGCAAUAGCUGCAGAGUGUUUCUCCUAAUCAGUGCCUGCUGGGUGAUUUCUAUUAUUCUAGGUGGACUUCCAAUCAUGGGCUGGAACUGCAUUAGAGAUCUCCGUCAUUGUUCUACUGUGCUUCCUCUGUAUCACAAACACUACAUCCUGUUUUGUACUACUGUCUUAAUUAUUAUCCUGUUGGCAGUUGUUGUCCUCUAUGCAAGAAUCUACUCCUUGGUAAGGACUAAAAGUCGUGCAUUUACUCUGAGGAAGUCUUCAACGCCCACCAAGGGAAGCAAUGAGAAAUCCAUGGCUUUGCUAAAGACUGUUAUUAUCGUUCUUGGUGCAUUCAUUGCUUGCUGGGCUCCACUUUUUAUAUUAUUAUUACUGGAUGUUGCAUGUAAAGUAAAGGAAUGUACAAUUUUGUACCAGAUUGAUUACUUUUUAGCUGUGGCUGUGCUUAACUCCGCUAUGAAUCCCAUCAUAUAUACUCUGACCAGUAAAGAGAUGAGAAAAGCAUUUGCAAAGAUGCUAUGUGGGGGGUGCUGCUCUGAACCCAAAAAUAGUGCUACUUUCAAAAGGCCAUUUAUUGGUUCAAAUGAAUUCAGUAGAAGCAGGUCAGAUAACUCAUCUCAUCCACACAAAGAAGAACCUGAGUAUCCAGAAACAUUUGUGUCUUCAGGCAAUGUAAAUUCAUUGUCAUAAGGACAAGCGUAGAGAUAAAUGAAGGUACUAGAAUGUAUGUGCUGUCUGACAGUGUCCAUGUUCUAGGAAGUGAAACUAAAGGUAUAUAUUCUCCUAGACGAAGAUUGAUGGUAGUGCUUAAUAUGGUGGGUAGAGCACUUAUAAAAAAGGGUCUGAAAGAAAGGAAAAUGCCUCCCACUUCAGCAACCAACUAGGUUUCUUGGGACACACAUGUUUGAGAAAUGACAGAAUAAAAUUAGACAGUAUGACUUUCACAAAAACUUCUGUGCAGUUCCGUCUCCCAUAUGAAUAGCUUGCACUGUUGAACUCUAAGGCAAGGCUUGCCCUGUCUUAGUUUUUUGUUCUGAAUUUGGAAGCAUUUAACUUAUAUGACAAUGAUUCAUUGACUAUACAAAUGUGUAAUACCAUGUACUGCUGUACAGAAGACAACAUGUGACCUGCCUAGAAGGACACCAAGCUGUGUGUGCCAGAAAGGCACAUUAAUUUAGCUGCACAGAGAAAGGUGGGAAAUGAAAAGUAGAACUCGUUCAUGUUUCCAGAGUGAAUGAAUGAAUGAAUGCUACUGUGCAAACUGUGCUGGAACAACUCGGGUCUGGGACUGAAUGCAGUACAACUAAAUAUGUUGCAAAGGAGGAUGAUACCAGAACACGAGGUAUUGCACAGCUGUGCACUAAGCAAGGUGACACAUUUUAUCACAAAACAUCAGUGGAAUGUACUUAUGUUUAUGUCACAAAUACCGAGUACAAAAUUACCAGACUUAUGUCACAAAUGGUGAAUAACAACAGGGUCUGCUGCAUGCCCUUCACUAGGAUCACACGUAGGAGUGCACGACUGUGAUUUAUAAAUGCACUUAGCCACAGUGUUUCAGUUACUGUAUUUUGUAGUAACAUAAGAACGUUUUCAUUUUUUUCUUAAUGUCAUGAACUGCAGUAACAGACAUGACAAGGUUGCACUGACUGUAUGAAAUGAAGUUCAGUGCAAAGAUGAUACAUAUCUGAAUGUACUGUCUGUAUAGAAAUUUGUUUAAUGUUAGCUGCAUAUUGUUAAUAUUGGUUAACCAAGCUGAAUCCUCAUGAAUGUUAGUAUUUAUAAAAUAUCACAAUGCUUUUAAAAGGUAAAAAAGCAUUAAUGUAAUAAGCCUGUAACCAGAUAUAUAUUGGGAAAAUUACUGAAGCACAUUUACAUCACAGCAUUGUAGAUCUAUACAUUAUGAACAUGCAGUGCAAUUAAACAAAUAGCAUUUCUAUACAUGCUUUUAAGUAUUUUAUGGGGUGACUGGAUUUCAGUUGCACAAUUUAUACUGGUCAUACUAUGUCUGAACAGUUAAUAAAAAUGCAAACUCUCUAAA